CUCACUCACUCACUCACACACACUCACGUACACUCACUCAGUCACACACACGGUGCAGCGGCGCUGGACCGGGAGGCGGCAGAGCAGCGCAGAGCAGCGCGGACACACGCAGAGUUUGUGGCGGCGGAGCGGACACCGCGCGUCGGGCUUGGAAACUAUAAACCACCGGAGCUGCUCUUUUCUUUUCUUGGGGAGACUUUUUUCCGCUUUUUUUUAUAAUUAAAAAGCCAAUUUUUCUCCUCUUUUUUCCUCCCACACCUCCGUCCGCUGACACUUCUUCUUCUUCUUCUUCUUCCACCGCCUUCACCUCCCGCAGAGAGCCGGAGGAUGCUGCCUCUGCUCCCGCUGCUGUCACCGCAAACUGGCCCGCAGUGAGUGAGGCAGUGAGUGGGUGACAUCUCCUCCUCAGCGCUGCACAGCACGGCUCGGCUCGGCUCGGCUCGGGUCUUCCCCCGGCUGCAGCUCCAGCAGAGAGAGACAGAGGGAGAGAGGGAGAGAGGGAGAGGAGGCACCGGCGCGGCGGCAGCAGCGCAGCGCAGCGCAGAGAGGAUCCGCGGAGCCGCAGCAGCAGCAGCAGAAGCGGCUCUUUUUCUGGGCACGACAGAGAAGAAAAAGUGGAUUAUCACCACUUCUUUCUCCGGCUGGAUUUCCCUUAUUUCUUCUUCUGUUUUUUGUGUGGAUUGGUUAAUUCCGCCCAAACCUCGGGGGAUCUGAUCCGGAUCUGCUGCGUCCGAACACCGAGGAGGAGCGGAGCUCGGUAACCGGGCUGGAGCGCUCCAAACUGGGGAACCGCGCGGCUCUCACCCGCUCCAGGCUGCUGUCGCUCAGAGAAAUGGCGUCGCUCAGGUGGGAGGUCCUGUCCGUCGCGGCGGUUUUCCUGCUGGUCUCCUGUGGCGCCGCCCCCUCCGACAUCCUGUACCGCGUCCCUGAGGAGCAGCCGCCGAACACGCUGAUCGGCAGCCUGGCGUCGGACCGCGGCCUGCCCGACACCGGGCACCUGUACAAGCUGGAGGUGGGCUCGCCGUACCUGCGCGUGGACGGCAAGACGGGCGACAUCUACACCACGGAGACGCCCAUCGACCGCGAGACCAUGAAGGACUGCCGCAACCUGUUUGAAGGGGACAAGUGUUUCCUGGAGUUCGAGGUGUCCAUCACCGACAUGGUGAAGGGCAUCGGGUCGGGGCCGCGGCUCAUCGAAGGCCGCAUCGAGGUGCUGGACAUCAACGACAACACGCCGCAGUUCGCCUCGCCCAUCCUCACCCUCUCCAUCCCAGAGAACACGCCCAUCGGCGCCCUCUUCUCCAUCCCCAUGGCGAUGGACAGGGACUCCGGCACCAACGGCGUGGCCGAGUACUCGCUGAGCACCGGGCCCGAUGCCGACCAGCUCUUCAGCCUCCAGGUCGCCGUGGACUCGGACGAGAAGCUGCCGCAGCUGGUCGUCAUGGGCAACCUGGACCGCGAGAAGAAGGACUCGUACGACCUGAACAUCCGCGUGGUGGACGGCGGGAAGCCGGCGAGGGCGAGCAGCGCCCUGCUGCGCGUCACCAUCACCGACCAGAACGACAACGCCCCCAAGUUCGAGAGGAGUCACUACGAGGCGGAGCUUCUGGAGAACAGUCCGCUGGGUCACUCUGUCCUGCAGGUCAGAGCCAACGACGCAGACACCGGCAUCAACGGAGAGAUCGACUACAGCCUCCACCAGGUGUCGGAGACGGUCCAGAGGCUUCUGCGCAUCGACCGCACGUCUGGCGUCAUAUACGUGAAAGGCACAGUGGACCGCGAGGACGAGAGCUUCCUCAAGUUCUUUGUGUUCGCCAGAGACCGCGGGCCAAACUCCAAGAGCUCCAAGGUCCUCGUGAACAUCAACAUCAAGGACCAGAACGACAACCUGCCGGCCAUCGAGAUCCGUGGCAUCGGUCUGGUGACACACCAGAACGGCGUGGCCAACAUUUCAGAGGACAUGCCCGUGGGGACUCCAGUGGCGCUGGUGCAGGUGUCGGACCGCGACGAGGGGGAAAACGCGGUGGUCACGUGCGUCGUCGCCGGCGACGUCCCGUUUCAGCUCCGACCUGCGAGCGAGUCGGCCAACGACCGCAAGAGGAAGUACUUCCUGCAGACAACGACCCUGCUGGAUUACGAGCGUGUUAAGGAUUACAGAAUUGAAAUUGUCGCUGUGGAUUCCGGGAACCCGGCCCUGUCCAGCAGCAACUCCCUCAGAGUGCAGGUCACGGACAUGAACGACAACACGCCGACCUUUUCCCCAUCCAUGCUGGAGGUGGAUUUUGCAGAGGGGAACCAGCCCGGCGACAAAGUGCUGGAUGUCGUGGCAACAGACGCAGACAGUGGCACCAAUGCAGAGCUAGCCUAUAGCAUAAUCGAGCGCUCAGCGGCCAAGCUGUUUGAGAUCGACACCAACACCGGCGAGGUACGUGUGAAGAACCUCUUGGAUCGUGAAGAGAUGGAACGUUACGAGUUCCGCGUGGCGGCGGCUGACAAGGGCGUUCCCAACAAAACAGGCACGGCCACCGUGACCAUCAAUGUUCUGGACCGCAAUGACAACGACCCAAAGUUUAUGCUGGGCGACUACAGCUUCUCCGUCAGCGAGAACAUGCCUCCGCUCAAUCCUGUCGGUGUGGUUACGGUCACCGACGCGGACAAAGGUGAAAAUGCCCACGUCAGGCUGUACGUGGAACCGGACAAUGGCAAGUUUAUCAUCCAGAACGGCACAGGGAACAUCCUGUCCAGCAUCUCCUUCGACCGCGAGAAGGAGAGCACCUACACCUUCCGUCUGAAGGCCGUGGAUGCCGGCGACCCCCCGCGCUCCUCCUACGUAGGCGUGACCAUCAACGUCCUGGAUGAGAACGAUAACGCUCCCUAUGUCACCAAACCGGCCAACUCCUCUUACACGUACCUGGAGCCUGUGACGCCACCGGAGACGCGGGUGGAGGUCGUAGAGGCCGAGGACAUUGACUCUGGACCUAACGCUGAGCUGGUCUAUAGCAUCACCGGCGGUAACCCCUACGGUUUGUUCGACAUCUCGCCCGACAGUGGGGAAAUCACACUGGCACAGGAGUUCACAGGCAAGCACAAUGGACUGCACCGCCUGGUGGUGAGGGUGAGCGACAAAGGCAAGCACCCGCGCCACACCACCGCCCUGGUCCACAUAUUCGUCAAUGACACCAAGUCCAACGUCUCCGUCAUCGAGGCGCUGGUCGGACACAGCCUCUACACCCCUUUGGACAGGGACAUUGCCGGGGAUCCCAACUACAGCCUCGUUCAGCGCAGCAACAUCCUGUACGGCAGCCUGGCGGGCGUGGCCGGCGUUAUUCUGGUGAUUGUGGCCGUAGUGGUAUUUAGACACCGCCUGCAGAAGGACACCAAGAGCGGCUACCAGGCCGGCAAGAAGGAAAGUAAGGACCUGUACGCGCCGAAGCAGGGCCCUAAAAAUGGCAAAGGGAAAAAGAGUAAAAAGGGGAAAGCGCCAAAACCUGCCAAGCCACUGGAGGAGGACGAGGAGGCCAGUCUGCAGAAAGGCCACAAGUUCAACCUCAUCAACGAGACGGUCAACGACAGUCCCAGAAUCCACCUGCCCCUUAACUACCCCCCGGGAAGCCCCGACCUGGGCCGCCACUACCGCUCCAAUUCCCCCCUACCGUCCAUCCAGCUGCAGCCACAGUCGCCCUCCGCCUCCAAGAAACACCAGGCAGUUCAGGACCUCCCCGCCACCAACACCUUCGUCGGAACGGGCGACAACAACUCCACGGGCUCCGACCAAUAUUCGGAUUACAGCUACAAGGCCAACCCGCCCAAAUACAGCAACAAACAGCUCCCUCACCGCCGAGUGACCUUCUCCACGGCCAACCAGGCCCAGGACCUGCAGGACGCGUCCCAGCACAGCUACUACGACAGCGGCCUGGAGGAGUCGGAGACCCCCAGCUCCAAGUCAUCGUCGGGGCCUCGGAUCGGGCCGCUGGCUCUGCCCGAGGAUCACUACGAACGCACCACGCCCGACGGCAGCAUCGGCGAGAUGGAGCACCCGGAGAACGGUGGAGCGUCGUCGAGCGCCGCGCUGGAGAGGGGGGCCGGACAAAACAGACAAAACUAAAGACACAAAGAACAUCUUAAGCUUCUUCUCUCUUUUUUUUUUUCCUCCUCUGAUUUUCCAAAAAGAAAAGUUCUUGCUCUCUGCUGCAGUUGUGAGGAUUCUCCUCUUCCCUUUUUUUUUUUGUUUCACGUCUUUGCUACAAUUUUUCAUGAAAACCAAUUGAAACAGAAAAAUCUGAUGAAAGGAAAAACAUUUUUUUUUGUUGGAGGAAAUAAGAAGGAAUUGAUGGUUAAUUUUGUUUUUCUCUUUUUCCCGGCGGUGGAUUUGUGUGGUUCUUUGUUCUCUGUGUGGACGUCACUGAAGUGGACUCACUCGUCACAACCUCAGUGGAUUAUCAGCUCUUCAUCUUCCCGGGUCUGAGAACUCUAGCUUACACUUUGUUGUCCGAGGGUUUUUAUACUCGUACGUGGAUCAAUCUCCUUUUCACGCUUAUAUCUAAGGUUUUUUUUGGAGUUAUUUUCGGUAGCCCUGGUGCCUGUAGUUGACGAUUGACAGUCAGGGUUUCGGAGGACGCGGUGAACGGCAGAUAAUCAGCCCGACCUCCUCCUCCUCCUCCUCCUCCUCACAAUGGCCAAUAGAGACUCUGCUAGGAACUGACAGGAGCAGUUGUGGACACCUUGUUAUCACUUCUUCAAUCCUUUCCUCUCCUCUCACGCCAAUGUUUUUAUUUUAUUCAUUUAUUUUUCUUUGUUUGAGCCAAAGUCAGAAGAGAAACUCUGAGUCAGUGUCAAACCUGACACCUGUAACCUGUCUAGCCUUAGCCUAGUUUAGCAGAAAAGACUUAAAGCAAAGGGGAAACUGCUAGUUGUCAACAUAGCCACUACACGUUAUAGAUGUGUCACUGAUAAGAAGCUCAAAUCUUUCUGAAAGGAUUGUGACAGCUGUGAACAGGAGUGUAUCGUCUGCAUACGCAAUGACACCAAUAAUGUCACUUUUAUUGGUUUUAAAAGGAACGUAUCGUUACAAGAUUUCUCAGACUUUGCAAUAUUAACAUAACCAUUGUGGUCAAUUUAAAAAACAACACAAAAAACGAAGAGAUUUUUUGGAAAUCUUCUCUUGUUUGUCAUUCAUUUGUCAUGGAAUUAGGACGCUUGGUAAAAAAAAAUUGUAUGUAAUUUUUGCCCAAGUUUGGAUGUUGCUAAGCUAGCAGUUUCCCCCCCGUGCUUCCAGUCUCAUGGUGCAAUCCAUUCACAACGAACACAAAGUGAUUUUUCUGUUUCGCGUUACUCACACGACUGCGAUCACGCAAUCAAUCAAUAAGUAACUAGAGUAAAGACAAUGGGGUUGAGCACUCACAUGGGGCUAAUGCUAACUAGGUUUGUAGUUCCACUUCAGUAUUUGUUCUCAUUUCCAGAGAUAAUCUCAGAAUAUGCCUCAUAUCCAGAACAAUUGAAAAUUGACAGUCGACUUUAAAUUGUAAAAAAUAAACUCCCUGCUCUACGUAAAAUUCUAAUUUAUUACAGCACUUUAAAGAAAGUAAAUCUAAGUAGAUCUUAGGUUUAUUCUUCAUUCACAUUCCCAAGUCCAAAUAACGCCAAAAAAUAUUAGUUUUUACGGGAAAAAAUCCUGUCGUGUUCGUUGUCGAUGCACCUUUAGGCCUUUAAAUGCUAAUCGCAACAGCGUUAAUACGACGACAACUACAAGAAACUCAAAAAUAAUCAAACUGAAUCAUCGAGGUUCUAUCUACCUAUCUAUCUAUCUAUCUAUCUAUCUAUCUAUCUAUCUAUCUAUGAAAGUCACAUCUGUCCAUCUUUAUCAUUCUUCGACCUCCUGUCUUCACAGUUUGAGGACACACACACACACACACACAUAUUUUAAGGAGCUUUUAUGACGUCAAACUCCCGCCAUCAAACACUCAUCACUGACCUGUCUGUCACUUUGCUCCGCCCCCUUGUAAGCUGUGUAGGAGUGAAUCAGCUGGUGGUUUAGCAGCCUGAGUGUGUGUGUGUGUGUGUGUGUGUGUGGGGGAACUAUAACAGUCUGUUUAUAAAGGAUAUUAAAGUUGUUGAAUAUUUGUAGUCAUCGCUGGUUUUGCUGUAGGAGUCGCGCGGAGCGGCGCGCGGCGCUGUGACCCCGCCCCCGCCGCCGCACCUGUGAAUGUACUUUGUAUCCAGAGGUUUUUAUUACAAUAAAUAAGUGCUGGAACCUGA